GGCCGGUAGGGUCCCCUUCAAUGUGUCUCUGCGUGAAGCCACCCGAAGAAAACUGCAGAAGUUUUCAGAACUGAGAGAAUUUCUAAGUAAAUGGGAUUGUGGGCCACUAAACGAAGGAGUACUCUAAAAGGAAAAAGCAAACCUGUGGGAGCUGGGGAAUUCUGGGACAUAGUUGUGUUAACAGCUGCUGAUGAAAAGCAGGCACUUGCUUAUAGGCAGCAGCUGUCAGAAAAGCUGAAGAGAAAGGAGUUACCCCUUGGAGUUCAGUACCAUGUUUUCGUUGAUCCUGCUGGACCCAAAAUUGGAAAUGGAGGAUCAACGCUCUGUGCUCUUCGAUGUUUGGAUAAGCUAUAUGAAGAUAAAUGGAAUUCCUUUACUAUACUUUUAAUUCACUCUGGUGGCUACAGUCAGCGUCUUCCAAGUGCAAGUGCUCUGGGGAAAAUUUUUACUGCUUUACCAUUUGGUAAUCCCAUUUAUCAGAUGUUGGAAUUAAAACUAGCCAUGUACAUUGAUUUCCCUUCACAUAUGAAUCCUGGAAUUGUGGUUACCUGUGCAGAUGAUAUUGAGCUGUACAGUAUUGGAGAAUUUGAGUAUAUAAGAUUUGACAAACCUGGCUUCACUGCAUUAGCUCAUCCUUCUAGUUUGACUGUAGGCACCACACAUGGAGUGUUUGUCUUAGAUCCAUCUAAUGACAAAAAACAGAGAGAUCUUGAAUAUAGGUGUUGCCACUGUUUCCUUCAUAAGCCCAGCAUAGAAAAGAUGCAUCAACUUAAUGCUGUCUGUAGAUCUGGAAACUUUUGUCCACAGGACCUUGCACGAGGAGAUGCUGUGUGUCUUGAAUUAGACUCCGAAUAUGUGUACACCGAUAGCCUAUUUUACAUGGAUUAUCACUCUGCAAAAAAGUUACUUGCUUUUUAUGAAGAAAUAGGCACACUGAGCUGUGAAAUAGAUGCCUAUGGUGACUUUCUUCAAGCACUGGGACCCGGAGCAACCAUGGAGUACACCACAAAUGCAUCAAAUGUCACUAAAGAGGAGUCCAACUUGGUAGAUAUGAGGCAGAGAAUAUUUCAUCUUCUUAAAGGCACAUCACUAAAUGUUAUUGUUCUUAAUAACUCCAAGUUUUAUCACAUCGGAACAACUGAGGAGUAUUUGUUCCAUUUUACUUCGGAUAGCAAUUUAAAGUUGGAGCUUGGUUUGCAGUCAGUAGCUUUUAGUAGUAUCCUUUCAGAUAUUCCAGAACAUUCUGGCAAGACAUCCUGUGUUAUUCACAGUAUACUGGAUUCAGGAUGUUCUGUGGCACCUGGCUCAGUUGUGGAGUAUUCCAGAUUAGGGCCAGAUGUGUCUAUUGGUGCAAACUGCAUUGUCAGCUAUUCUUCCAUCAUUCCCAAUGCGGUUGUUCCUGCAUAUUCUUUUCUGUAUUCCUUAAGCUUGAAGACAGAUGAACACUUGAAGUAUUCAACUAUGGCAUUUGGAGUGCAAGACAACUUGAAAAACAAUGUGAAGACGUUAUUAGAUAUAAAGUCCCUUCAAUUCUUCGGAGUCAGUUUUCUAUCGUGUCUAGAGAGUUGGAAUCUUAAAGUCACAGACAAGCUGUUUUCAGGAAGCAAGGCUCAAUUCAGUUUGUGGACUGCUCGCAUUUUCCCAGUUUGUUCUUCUGUGAGUGAAUCAGUGACAACAUCCCUGAAGAUGUUAAAUGCUGUGAAGAGCAAUUCAUCCUUCAAUCUGAGUAGCCAUCAGCUGAUAUCCAUUGAAGAAAUGCUCGUCUGUAAAGAUGUAGAAGACAUGAUAGCUUAUAGGGAGAAAAUUUAUCUAGAAAUUAAUUUAAUUAAAAAUAAGCCUCACUUGGAGAUAUGUUAAAUAUGUAUAGGCUGAAGAUAUCUUAAAUAUCAUUUAUGUUGU